AUGAGAAUCCACACAGGAGAAAGGCCCUACAGCUGUGACCAGUGUGGAAGUGAAUUUAAACAGUCUGGUGAACUUAAAGCACACAUGAGAAUCCACACAGGAGAAAGGCCCUACAGCUGUGACCAGUGUGGAAGUGAAUUUAAACAGUCUGGUGAACUUAAAGCACACAUGAGAAUCCACACAGGAGAAAGGCCCUACAGCUGUGACCAGUGUGGAAAUAAAUUUAAACAGUCUGGUGCACUCAGGGAACAUAUGAGAAUCCACACAGGAGAAAGGCCAUACAGCUGUGACCAGUGUGGGAAGGAUUUUCAACAUUCUGGUAACCUUUCUCGACACAUGAGAAUCCACACAGGAGAACGGCCCUACAGCUAUGACCAGUGUGGGAAGGAAUUCAAACGGUCUGAUGCACUCAGGGCACAUAUGAGAAUCCACACAGGGGAGAAGCCAUUUGAAUGUGACUAG